GGCUGCGGAGGCAUUGAAAUUAAACAAAAAAAUUAUUUCUUUGACAGAUUCGUAAGAAUCACCUUUCACUAUCUGAACUAAUUAGCGUUUCCUUACCGGAAAUAGCCAAUUCUGCGGAUAGUAUAAUGAAAAGUUUGCAAAAUUACACUUCAUGGACCGUUGAAUUUUUCAUUUUCCUCGCGAUUCUCAUCAUCACCAAGGCUGUCUCGACUGAACAAGAAGAAAUAAUAGUCUGAAAAAUAAUUAUACGAGGCGCAGGACAAAGCAAUCACUACCACUGGCAAUAAAUUCCCGCGAAAAUCAUCGAAUACAUCUUGCUAUUGAUCCAACAAGGUAUUUCGCGGUUCAUUGCUAUGACCAAUUUUAUGGAAUAACACAAAAAAAAAAUUCAAUGAUAAUUUUCAUGAAAGUGACAAGCGUUCCGGUGACUCGCGCCACUGAACAACACAAUAUAAAAGACGAAAAUUUUAUUCUAGUCGGCUUAGUGAGAAUCGAUCAUUCAAACUGAGAAAAUGGGGACAAAAUGGAUUUUGCGGGCGGCACUUCUGAUAGGAGCAAUACUGGAGAGUCAAUCAUCAGCGUCAAGGCAGCAGAUGUCAAAAGUGACAACCCUCGCCUCCCCCACAACCUCAAAGACCUCGCAAGCAAGAAAAUUCAACACAACAAAAAAAAAUAGCUGGCAAGGAACGAACAGUGAUGCCACAGUGACACCACAAUACGACCGCCCUCCCCGGCUGGCUUCAUUCUCCACCACAUUAUCACCGACAAGUACUAUCGGGGUCUAUCGUCAUGCCGUUGUUCACAGCCCUCACGAGUAUUUCGAGCCGACUCUCCAACAUCAUUACGCAUCCCACAGUAUUCCAGUGACCGCGACACCAGCAAACCACUUGUCCAAGUCUCAGAUUCACCACUUGUCCUCUGAAACAGGUGUCGACAAUCAGCACUACCCCACUGCAACCACAUUUUUCAAGGUCUCCCAUAGCCCUGGCUUUCAGGAUCCAAACUAUCCACUCGUCGUAAAUCACGACGCGUACGUGACGCAUCCAAGUGCUAACAGCGAAAUCACAGAGACAAAGGCACAGUCACGAGCAAUGAUUCCGGAAUUUCAUUACCAAUCCUACAAUCCACCCACCAGCACAUUGGGAAAUUACAUCCCCCCGACAUUCGCCCCGACUUUGGAGCAGAAUCUCGGAAAAUUCGAGCCAUUUCCACCAUUCAAAUACAGCCAUACCAAGUCCCUGUUUUCGGAACUUACUGCACCGGUGAGCGCACCACGAAGUCCAAAUUUGGAUUUCGGCCUGGGAACAUCGAAUUUCAUGCUCAAGCCGCAGACCUACUAUUCCAAUCCUAAUCAAAGGGGUCAAGUACCACUCUUCAGUGGCAGUGGUAUGAAUACUUUCUAUACAAAGGGAGUUGGCAAAGCACUUGAGCCGUAUCAACCAUUGUCCGCACAGCCGCAAUUACAUUUCAAUCAUCAUCUGACGCAACAAGCUCCCCCGGGUUCGCAGACCUUCGGAAGGAUUAAAAGUCAUGGAGACGUCGCUAAUGAACUUGAUAUCAAUCAGUCGGGACACGGAAGCUCCACGCAGGGCGGAAGGCCAAAUCCGUACAACGCUGGUAACUUUGCCAGCACUCCUUCCAUGCCCCCGUUUAGAAACAUUGAAUAUUCUUUUGAAGUACCCACUUCAAGCAUAUUCAAUGAUUAUGACAAAACUUUCGGUAAGUACGGAACAAAGAUGGCAUCCGGAGGGGAAAAAGGGCCAGUGGAGGAGGAGUAUGAGAAUUCUCCCGCUAGUCACGGAAAAGACGAAGAAAAAGAAGAGAAAGAUGAAAAAUCAGAGUAUCAAUCCGAAGAAGCCACCUCAACUUCUCGUGAACAGUAUAACGAUGAGGGAGAAGGUGAAAGUCAGCGCAAUGAACGGCGCGGAAAAAAUGCUAGAAAAAGAGAAGAAAAUAAUACUGAAGAUAAAUACGGUAAAAACGAUGGCUUUGAUUAUGAACGAGAAUUCGAGGAAUCGUACAAACAAAAACUUCCAACCGAAGACUUUGAACACUCGGAGGAGCUCCUUGAUGAAGACGAUUCACCAAAAAGCCGUAAGAGAGCAUCAUCUUCAAAGGCCAAGAAGGCUUCUCGCAAUCACCCAUCGACACGCGACAGGGAAGGUCAAUUAACAGAGUCCUGUCUCGAAUUUCCAUCAUUUGUGAGGAACGAUGACGACACCGAGUCUUCAAAGAGCGGCAAGAAAAGUGCAUUACCUCCAAAAUCGCCUUCCUUCGGGCGUAAAAUGCCUCGGAGGCGACCUACAAGGUUCACUUCCCUCGAAUCCGAGCCUGUGGAAAUUCCACAAAAAUCCAAAGACUCACAAAAUCGAAAAAAUCCUGUACCAUCAUCAAACAAGAAGAACAGUUCUCAUUAACUCAUCCCCCUCCCCUCUUCCCCCUUAGCCGACAGGGAGAUCAACUUCUAUUAUCCGAAGAUUGGUUCUCCAUGACAUGAAGGACGUACUGAAGUAAGGGAGAACGACAGUGAUCCUGCUGAGACUUUCGUCUGACUGAAUCGCUAUUAAUUUAUUUAUGUAUAUGGAAUAACAUCCGACUAUUGUAUCAUA